GUUCGCAUUGCUACGUCUGUUUCAUUGCACUGCACAGGAUAUAUUGUGCAGUUUAGGCGAGCAAAUAAUGGACCAAAGGCCGUUUUCAACAUAGUGUAGCUAGCUAGUCACUGUGCAAAAUUAGUUGCUAGCUUCCCAGCUGGCUAACUAAAUACCGAGACAUCACCAAGAUCAAGUUACCAAAGACGAUAAUCAUAUUUUGUUGUCCAUAGUUCACCCCCUCGCGCACACACACAUCAACACGGCAUUGAUGGUAAUGCAUGCAAGGAAACAACCGAGACUCAGCGAUGGGUGCAACGACCGAAGGGAUUCACAACCCUAUCAGACUCACAAAUCCCAGCCAAAGAGUCAAUCUACCACCCUUCACCGUCACGAUAAAAUGCGAGAUGGGUUAUCAGAUCCUACACCGCCCUACAAAAUGCUCCGGCGCUCUGAAGAAAGUCCGGUCAAUAAGUACAGCGAUGGGCACAGCAAAACAAAAACAUUUCACACACUCCGAGGCAAAGAUGGCGGUACCAGCUGCUCUCCGCAAGAGAAUUCGCACAACCACAGCUCUCAACACAGCUCAAACUCACACUCAAAUCAAAACAAGGCGUCAGACACACCUCACGAGCCUGCAGACGAUUGGUCCGAGCACAUCAGCUCCUCGGGCAAGAAGUACUACUACAACUGCAGGACUGAGGUCUCUCAAUGGGAGAAGCCCAAAGACUGGCUGGAGAGAGAGCAGAGGCAGAAAGAUCCGUCUAAGAGAGAGUCCAACACGUUCCCCAAAGACCGGGACUACAGACGAGAGUCUGUCGACACAGCCACCACAAAGAGCACUUCAGGGGUCAAGUCCUCCUCCAACUCUGCUCCUUCCCAGUCCUCAUCUUCCUCCACCAAUCCGGGCCUGAACCAAGCCUCUGGCUCUAACCCCACCCCCUCAUCUUCCUCCUCCUCCACGGUCCCAGUGUCCCCCUCUGUCCAAUCCCAGGCCUCGGGCCUGCUCCAAGACCCCGCCCUCCUGCGGCAGCUCCUCCCAGCGCUGCAGGCCACCCUGCAGAUGAACAACGGCAGCAUGGACAUGGCCAAGAUCAACGAGGUCCUCGCGGCUGCUGUCACCCAAGCUUCCUUGCAGUCUAUGCUUCAUAAACUCCUCACCGCUGGACCGUCUGCUUUCAACAUCACUGCUCUGCUUUCCCAAGCUGCUCAACACUCCUCCAGCCAAGCGGCCCAGCAGGCAAGUCCGUCGCCCAUAUCGCUAAUGUCGGAUGCCUCCUCGCCCCGCUCAUAUGUGUCGCCCAGGAACGGAACGCCCCAGACCAACCUCCUUAACCAGAAAACCCCGCUCAGCAUGCCUCCCGCCUCCUCCCAACCAAAGGUUACCCCAGUGAAACCAGGACCAGUUUCUCAACAGGCUUCAGCAGAGAAACAUCCAGAGGAUCCCCGAACCCUACGACAGCGGAGCAGUCAGGGGAGUCCGCCAUCAGGACCUAACGGCAACGCCACCGGCGGCCACUCGCUUCCCAACGCCGCGUCAGCUCAGACCAGCACUCCCGGCUCCUUCACUCCCUCGCUGGCCUCUCACUUUGAUGAGAACCUCAUCAGGCACGUCCAGAACUGGCCCGCCGAGCACAUCGAGAAGCAGGCAGCACGGUUACGCGAAGAUGCCCACAACAUGGGCAGUCUCUACAUGUCUGAGAUCUGCACCGAACUCAAAAACCUCCGAUCAUUAGUCAGAGUGUGUGAGAUCCAGGCCACGCUGAGGGAACAGAGGAUACUGUUCCUUAGACAGCAGAGCAAAGAACUGGACAAGCUAAAGAACCAGAACUCUUACAUGGUCUGAGAACCUGUGUGGGAGACGAAGGACGGUGAACUGCUUAAGAAGCCCGCAAUGAGGUCCUCUAUGCCCCAAUGCGCCCUGGUCUGAACACUUCCCUAACGUCAUGAACCAAAGGGCAAAUGAGGAAUACGGAAAAGAGACUUGGGCCUGUUGAAGACGUCAUGGGUCAAGCAAUGAAGCGUACUGUUGCCCAAGCCCCUGAAAGUGUAGAUUUCGUUAGGCGUCCAAGAUGUAAAUUUUCGAGGCUAAAUGAAUGCGAAGCCUAUUUGAGCUUUUCAUGGACACCCAAACAAGUCGAUUCUGAGGAACCUACAGGUCAUACUUUUUCUUACCUGAGAAACUCAGCUGCUGCCUUUUGGAAUCGUGAACUGUUGGACUGUGUUUGUUGUGCUGGAGAAACUGAGAGUCUGGCUUUUCCUCUGGAAUAGUUUUGGUUGGGAAUGCAUACUUUUCUCCACUGACUUGUGGCUUAACUGAAGUUUCUAGCGUGAACUCAGAUUGGCUUGAGAUGUAUGGAUCACCAACUGAUUCCAGGAAGAAGCAAACACGAACACUUCUUCAGCAUAGACUUCAGCAUAGACUUGAAGGAGUGCAUCGCAAAGAAGAUUCUUGAAUGAGCCAACUUUAUGAUUCCUUCCAGACUCGUAUAGUUAGGAAUCAUGAAUCUAGCAGUCCCAGGAUCAGGGGUUCAUUAUUUGAUGAGUACUUUUUUUAAAAUGUGAGCUGACAAAGAUGCAUAGCUGCUUGAUGGAAGUUGUCUGUCUGUCCAUGCUCCCCGCUUUCCUGCUGGAUGGAAAUAGUCUGUAGACUUCCUAACUUCCCACCCCAACAUGACAGUGACCCCUCCUCUAACGUUGGGCCAGGAGACUUCUCAGAACAUACUGCCCCAUGGAGUAACCUUCUGGUAACUUCCCAGUCCCUAUCACUAACCCCUCAACAGGAUCCUACAAUAAAGGGCACGAUUCUCAUCCUCCACAACCUCGAAAUACCCUCAGAAGCGCACCUGCAUCUGAACCCCCAUUUGCUCUGUACUUGAUUAUUUUUCCUCUCUCCUCUGAACUUUGAUGUUUUGUUUUGUAAGCUUGUCUGUUUAGUCUAUCUUGAGUCGGCAAAAUAAUUCAUUCCUUAUCAUGUGCAGUUUCUUGCGAAAUUGUGAAAGGGUCUUUAGUUUCACGUGGUUAUGUAAACCUAAAUUAUUGCACAUUAUUAAUUGCGUCCUUGUGAACAGGAUGGCAUAUUUUCAUGGGACUCCUCUUUCUCUUUGCUAUACCAGCUAAGCCAGUACAGCACUAGUUAAAUGGACUCCGUAGUUAACAUUUGCUACAUUUUGUUUUACCGAAGUUAAACUUUUUUAGGCCUCAGUAAAUAAAGUAACUAUUUUACAAUUAAACCUUCACACGACAAUGCUGUCUCACUCUUCCGGAUCCACAAACUUAGCUAUGCCCUCCUAAGACCCCGCCGAUCGAUCAGUGGCAUACUGAAAUUGGGAAGGCACCGGCCAAAGCGUUGGUCUGCAGAACUGGAGUGAUGUACGCACUUAUCAGAUAGUGGGGGACCAGAGGUUUUUGUGAGGAUGGGGCGAACAUAGCUUUGUAUAUUAUUUCUUUAAAGUAUAUCAGAAUAAAAUAAAUUAUUCUACCACAAA